AUGAUACCAUUUCCUCCUGGCUGGACACCGAAUCAGGUGGGUCUUCCUGUCUUUAGGGCUGGACACCGAAUCAGGUGGGUCUUCUGUGUCUUUAGGGCUGGACACCGAAUCAGGUUACAUAGAGGGCAUGAGGCUCCUGUAGGUUACAUAGAGGGUAUGUGGGUUGAGUGUAUAACCAUUUCCUCCUGUAGGUUACAUAGGGGCAUGUGGGUUGAGUGUAUACUCUCGAUCUGUGAAGGUGUCUCGCUAAGCAAUCGUGUCCGGUACGUAGUCUAA